AAACCAACCCCAAAUAAACAAAACAAUGCAUUGAAUUCAAUUCACAAAGAAAAGGGCGUUCCAAAAGAAAAGAAUGCCAAAGAAAAAUUUGUCCUCUUGGACGAAAAAGAAGCUGUCCCCUUCUUCUCUGUUUCCCUCCAUCCAUUUCCAUGAGCUUGCUUCCCACUAACUCCAAUCUUCCUUCCUUCCUUCCAUUUCAAUCAAUCAAUCAAUCACCCAACCAAACCCAUCUCGCGCUGUUACAUUCCGCAUUCCCUGAGGAACGAGAAGAACAAGAGAGGCGAAGACAGAGAUGGCUGCUCCCGCCGUGGCUGGAGGCGGAGGAGGAGGAGGAGUUAUGGGGGCUCUCGAGAAAGAUGCGUGCAGAGCCCACAUGUCAAUGGCCUUGGUUCAGCUCAUCAAUGGAGGCUACCAUGUUAUUACCAAAGUAGCGCUCAAUGUCGGCAUUAAUCAGCUCGUUUUCUGCCUCUUCCGCGAUCUCCUUGCCCUUUCCAUUCUCGCCCCCGUUGCCUAUUUGCGGGAGAAGAGGAUCCGGCCGCCCAUGACUAGGAGCUUGCUCCUGUCAUUCUUCUUCCUUGGCUUGACUGGGAUUUUCGGGAACCAGCUUUUGUUUCUUCUUGGUCUUAGCUACACAAAUCCAACGUAUGCUGCUGCCAUACAGCCUUCAAUACCAGUAUUCACAUUUCUUCUGGCUGUGACAAUGGGUACAGAAAGAGUGAAUUUGCUCAAAACUGAAGGUCAAGCAAAGAUUUUGGGCACAGCCAUCUGCGUUUCUGGUGCCAUAUUGAUGGUUCUUUUCCGCGGUCCUGCUAUCUUUGGACAGGCAGAGGCUGACUCGGCAAGCAAUGAAAUAAAGGGCAGUGGUCAACCAGAGCCUGUAGGAUGGUUUCUGUCCAGCCUACUAGACAUUGGUUUAGAGACUUGGCAUCUUGGGGUUAUAUGCUUAAUUGGAAAUUGUAUGUGCAUGGCAGCUUUUCUGGCCCUUCAGGCUCCAGUUUUAGCUAAGUAUCCUGCUAGCAUUUCGGUCACUGCAUAUUCUUAUGGCUUUGGGGCGCUAUUGAUGGUAGUGACAGCAUUCUUUGCAACCAAUGAAUCGACAGUCUGGAUCUUAACUCGGUCAGAGUUACUGGCUGUGCUAUAUGCUGGAACUAUCGCAUCUGCUCUUAAUUAUGGACUACUAACAUGGUGCAACAAGAUCUUAGGCCCUGCUUUGGUUGCUCUCUACAAUCCACUGCAACCUGCCGCGUCUGCCUUCCUCUCCAGGAUUUUCCUGGGCAGCCCUAUUUAUUUGGGAAGGUUCAUAGUUGGAGGAUGCCUAAUCAUUGCUGGCCUAUAUUUAGUGACAUGGGGAUCUUACAGAGAGACACAAGCAGCAUCGAGUCUGGUGGUUGCUGAGGUUCCGAUCCGGGCAUCAGAUCCUCUGAUUCACAAAGAUGGAACCAUGAACAAAGGAGUGUACCAGAGGGGACACAUUUUCGCCGGUUCCUCGCUCAAACCCAUAGAUUAAAGCAAGCAACUUAUUUGGGUGUGAUUAUAUGGGUCUGUAGAUCAUCAAACUUUCUGUUGUCAAUAUGGAGCAUGUAGUCUGUUGUCCCCUGUGGUUGAGCGUUUCCUGGUUUCCUAAUCCAUAUAAACUCUCUCAUAUAUACACCUUGAUCUUCUUGCAUGUUCUCCUAAUGUGAAAUGAAGGAAGAAUCACA